AUGGCUUCCAAAGACGACAAGAAAGUCACCAAGACGCAAACUAACCGCCUACCUGCUCCUGCACUCUUUGUCGGACCACCAUCGCACAAUGCUUCCAACACUUCGCUUCACGAGAUUCGGUCGCCUACAAAGAUACCCCUAGUCCGCCAGCGCUCGCUGCUCUCCCCGGAUUCGCAGCGACCUCUUCCACCUACGACUACCAACGAUGGCGACCAUCUUAGUCUUACUUCCACAAACCCUUCCGCGCCCUUUCAACGGCGACAAAGACAGCACAGCCAAGCUGCGGAUGCCGAAGCAUCGUCGCGCGCUGAAGCAAUAUGGGCGGAGAUGCAGAACACAUUGGAGGAGGUGGAGCUGAGCGCCAUCAAGGGCCCGGGCAUGACAGUCUUCGGUUCUGAACAUUCUCGAGCGCUAGAUGAGCUGCGAAAAGCGCAGAUAGAACUUGCGAAAGCAUGGGCACGCUCAGAAGAGGAUGAACAAACACCCGAACAACAGAAGAAGUCGCAGGAUAGCAAAGCGAACGAUUUGCAACCACAGAGUCUUACACACCCUCAUGACGGAGCAGGAUCCGGAAAGGGUGACAAGUUGUUCGAUCGAAUCAAGCUAGAAGAGGAGACGGAAAAGGAUAUUGAGUUGAGUCGGAAGAGGAGGGAGGAGAAUGACCGGUACUUUGAGAAGGUGAACAAGGGUGUGCAAGAGGUCGUUGUAAGAUUGGAAGAAGUUGCAAAGGCAAUGAGAGGGGUUGAGAACGAGAGUAAGGAGAUCUGGGGCCAUGGGAGUCAAGACAGCGUGGACACUGCAAGCGUCACCACGGCACCAAGCGUUACCUGA